GUAGUAAGGAUGCCAGGGGGGCAGUACCAGGUGUCCACCAGGAGGAAGACUCUCCACAGCCGCUAUAGCCUGUCAGUCAGCUCGUUAGGUCGGCAGGAUGAGGAGGAGGAUACCCCGCCACCAUGCCUCAGCCCUCUGGAGAAGCUCACCACCAAAAUGUGUCAGGAUGAGCAGACCAUCAAGGAGCUGAUCGUGGGCCGUAGGAUUGGCUUCUACAAGGUCCGAGGUGAGAUCGGCUCUGGAACCUUCUCCCACGUCAAAAUGGCCUUCCACUCCCUCACCAAAGACAAGGUGGCCAUCAAGGUGCUGGAUAAGAUGCGACUGGAUGUUCAGGCCCAGAGGCUGCUCUCCAGGGAGAUCUCCUGCAUGGAGGCCCUGCAGCAUGCCAAUGUGGUGCGUCUGUACGAGGUGGUGGAGUCACACAGCCGACUCUACCUGGUGCUGGAGUAUGCCGGUGGAGGGGACCUCCACACACACAUCUGCUCCGAUGGCAAGCUGUCAGAAGCCGAGGCCAAGAUCACCUUCGCACAAAUCCUAUCCGCCAUCAAACACAUGCACGACAAAAACAUAAUCCACCGGGACCUGAAGGCUGAGAAUGUACUGUACACCUGUAAUGGCUGUGUGAAGGUGGCUGACUUUGGAUUCAGCACCAGGGUCACCAACUGCAGUGACACCCUGGACACCUUUUGUGGCUCUCCCCCCUAUGCUGCGCCUGAACUCUUCAGGGACGAGUGCUAUGUGGGGCCGCCAGUGGACGUAUGGGCCAUGGGCGUCCUGCUCUUCUUCAUGGUGACUGGCACCAUGCCCUUCCGAGCCGAAACCAUGGGCAAGCUGAGGCUCACUGUUAUAGAGGGGGUCUACACCCUUCCGCCCUGGGUGCCAGGCCCAUGCCAGCGGCUGAUUCGGGGCAUCCUGAAGCCUGUGCCAACGGAACGCUAUGCGGUGGACCAGAUGCUGGGCUGUGACUGGCUGCUUCCUGUGGAGUACCCGUGGACUGUGGUGCCACCGGUCCCCCUCAACCCUCUGCGCCUGGCGGAUGCAGAGCCUGGGGAGCUGGAUGAUGAGGAGGAGGAGAUCAGGGCCUCCCUGGAGGAGCUGGGUGUCAACAUGGAACACAUACGCAACAAUGAGGGCAAGGACAGCCGCAGCCCCAUCACCGGACUUUACCGCAUCCUCUUACACCGUGCCCAGAAAAGGCGUGGCGCUGAGACUGUGCCUGUGGUCGGAGGGUUGGUCCGGGACCCUAAAAGAGAGGGCCUCCGAGCUUACAGAAGUCUGAUGCACUCCUCCAGGUUAUGUGUCCUUCAGUAAGUGACCAGCCUGGACGUGGGUCCUUGUAAACCUGCUUUAAUCCAUUGAAAAUUCACUCAGGGUCAU